AGUCUGACAGUAAAACAGCAUUACAACAGUAGAACCCCGACCAGAAGGAGAACAAAGAAGACUGGGAGCUCUCCUACCAUGAUGCCUACAGCUAAAGGCAUGUCCCACAUGAUACCCAACCACGUUCUAAGAGUGGGUCAAACUAUCCACCUGGACUCGGUGCAGGAGACAGUCCAUCAACAUCCCGGCCUCACAGAGCCCAGCGGUAACCAUGAUGAGUCUGAUCUCGACAUUUCCCUGAAUAAUCUCAACCAGCUCAUUCUGGAACUGGAUCCGACAUUUGAGCCCCUUCAGGUCAACAAAAGUCCCUCGUGCAUCAGCCCACGCACAGACGACUCCUUCUCAGAUGAAGAUGUCUCCCACUGCGUGUUGGUCCCUAGAGGAUGUGCUCCCUGCUCCUCGCCCACUGUGGCCCUCUCUAUGUCACCCAGUAUUCCCAUCCCCACACAGAGCAGUCUGAGCUGCAGUCCCAAUGGAUCACUGGUGUUCUCCAGCUCCCCCACGUCCUCCCUGCCUCCACUGCCCUGUGGAAGUGCACCCCGACGUAAUCCCUCAACAAAGCAAGAUGUAGCCUUUUCCCAAGGAUCCCUGCGCUUGUCACACUCCAACAGAAACAGUGCUACCUCACUCCUCUCCAUGUCAACAUGCUCAGACACCAGCUACAUUCUUGGCAGCAACCUGUCCCUGGCCAGUGAAGAUGCUGACUCUCCAGAGUCCAUCCUUACAUGCACGUCAGGCUCUUUCGGUGAUGGGACCAGAACAAGGCCAUUUGAUAGCAGGCACAGCCCAGAGAAGCCCCCGCUGACAAAGCAUGGACAUCUACAGGGGCUUCACAGCAAAGGAGCACAGAGCAGUCCUGCUUCGCUCUCGGGAUCUUUGACCGAUAUUCCUGUGCUGCUAGUCAACGGUGCACCACAGCCGGACAUCCACACUCCUGGACCAGAAAUUGACUUGAUACAGAACUUCCCAGUGUCCAACUCAAAGCCACUUUCUCCUCACAGUUUCCAAGCCCGUUUUAAUGGCAGCCAACCCUCAAUGAAAUCUGUCAUGGACACUUCAAAAUUUUGGUUUCGUCCACAUAUCAGCAGAGCAGAAGCUGAAGCCCUGGUAAAGGACAAGGCAGCAGGAACAUUUGUGGUGAGAGACAGCACCUCCUACAGAGGCAGUUUCGGUCUGGCCAUGAAGGUGGACCAAACUUCUGCCAACUUCACCGCUACCACCUACCCAGGUGAAAGCAGUUCAGAUCUUGUCAGACACUUCCUCAUUGAAUCAUCAUCAAAGGGCGUACGCAUCAAAGGCUCUACUCAGGAACCAUAUUUUGGUAGUCUCUCUGCCCUGGUCUACCAGCACAGUAUUUCUGCUUAUGCUUUACCCUGCAAAUUACUGCUCCACUCCCAAGAUCUGGGUGCAGCAGAAGAGAGGGGAAAUGAAAAACCAGCGUCGGAGGACAAGAGUAAAACCGCUUGCAACUUCAUCUACCUGAAUGCAGUCCCCACUGAGAUGCUAACGGGCCCUUGUGCAGUGCAGAAGGCAGUGUCCACCACACUUGAGAAGGCCCCGGGUUCCUUCACACCAACCAUAGUCAACCUGAAGGUGUCUUUGAAGGGUGUUACGCUGACAGAUAUCAACAGGAAGCUCUUCUUCAGGCGCCAUUACCCAGCUCACUUGCUGAGCCACAGUAGUGAAGAUCCAGACAAUCGACUGUGGAGGAGAGGUUGCAGUUUUGGUGCAAGGAUGUUCGGCUUCGUGGCGAAAAGUGUCGACGCUGGCAUGGAGAAUGUGUGCCACGUCUUUGCAGAAUAUGACCCCCUGCAGCCUUGCGACAAAGUCAUUGAGGUUAUUCAGGCUGCCAUAGCCAAACUAUAGACACACAAGGACUGAGAGAACAUGAUACAGUAAAGCCUUACCUACACUGUCUGUCUUAUACUGUACUUUUCUGAAGUAACCUGUCUAAGAUGGUGGUCAUUGUAAGUGUCACUACUACUGUUGUUAAACUGGACUGGAAGUCACUGUAUCUGCUAGAUUACAAUAGCAGCAAAAAGAAAGUGUUUAGUAGAACCCAGACUCGUCCCUUGGUUACAUGAUAAAGGUCAUAAUGGAAAGACAGGUGCACCUGUGGCAUAUAUGAAGCAACAAGAAACAAAAACAGUAACCAGCAGGUCAGCACACUACAGCUGUUAAAUAAAAUCUAACCAGCAAAAACUCGCAAGCAAAAAUUGAUGUAAUACUUGAAGCUCCCAAAAAAUAAUUUCAGUGUAAAAUGUUUUUGUAUAAAGACAUGGUAAAGCGGUUGGUCUGUCUUAUUCUUUAUCUGAGAAUGAUUCAGUGUAAACUGAAAUGUAAAUCUGCACUAACUGAUGCUAUACAAUAUAAUGGUGAGGGAAUUUGAAGGUUCUGUGUAAUAGAAGAAAAACUGACAUGUCCAUUCAUUUCAAAGCAGAACCUUGGCAGAUACCCCAGUUGUAUAGUUCAGAAUGUAUUUAUUGUACUGCACUGUAACCAAUCUCAUCUCUGUAUAUUCACAUUAUUAAUUUUUUAAAUUGAAAUAAACAUGUUGAACUUU